AAGAAAUUUUGUGUUUGACUCUUCUUCUUCUUAGUUCUGAGUUGAAAGUGUAGUAAGUAAAAACACCGUAUUUCUGAUCCGAGAAUGGCACCGGUGGAUCCUCACUCAUUCACAGACUCCACACACCCACCCACAACCCACAUAUCCCUAACUCUCUACUUCGAUUUCUCAACCUCCACCAUCGACGGUUCUGCACUCAUCACUCUCCAAAAUCCCCACACAGGCCCUUUCUUCUUGGACACGCGCUCUCUCACAAUUCACUCCGUUCACGACCCUCAAUCGAACAACACCCCACUCCCCUUCUCACUCUCCGACCCUCACCCCAUCAAAGGCUCACAACUCUCCAUCACCCUCUCAAACCACGCUUCAUUCGUCGUCACCUACACCACCUCCCCUUCAUCCUCCGCACUGCAAUGGCUCCUCCCGCCCCAAACAUUCAACAAGUCUCACCCUUUCGUCUACACUCAAUGCCAAGCCAUUCACGCACGCGCCGUUUUCCCCUGCCAGGACACCCCCGCCAUCAGAAUACGCUACUCCGCGCGCUUGAACAUCCCCUCCCAGCUCUCCGCCGUCAUGGCAGCGCGACACGUGGAGCGCCGUGCCCCCACGGAGGAGGAGGCGCGUGGGAACUCGGGGAGGGUGGUUGAAGAGUUUGUUAUGGAGCAGCCGGUGCCGCCGUACCUGUUUGCUUUGGCGGUUGGAGAGCUUGGAAACAGAGAGGUGGGGCCCAGAACGAGGGUGUACGGUGAGGACGUGGCAGAAGUGUUGGAAUCUGCUGCAAGAGAGUUUUCUGGGACAGAGGAGAUGAUAAGGGAAGGAGAGAGGCUGUUCGGAGCGUACGAGUGGGAGAGGUUUGACUUGUUGGUUUUGCCACCUAGUUUUCCAUAUGGUGGCAUGGAGAAUCCUAGGAUGGUGUUUUUGACACCAACUGUUAUUAAAGGAGACAACACUGGCGCACAGGUUGUUGCUCACGAGCUUGCUCACAGUUGGACUGGUAAUUUGAUCACAAACAAGACCAACGAACACUUCUGGUUGAAUGAGGGGUUUACUACUUAUGCGGAAAGGAGGAUUGUGGAGGCUGUACAGGGAGAGAAAAGAGCCACUUUGAAUAUUGGAAUUGGUUGGAGGGGUUUGAAUGAGGAAAUGGAGAGGUUCAAGGAUAAUCUGGAGUUCACCAAGCUAAAAAAUAAUCAGGAAGAGAUCGACCCUGAUACUGUGUAUUCUGAGGUUCCCUAUGAAAAAGGUUUCCAGUUCUUAUGGCGCAUUGAAAGACAGGUUGGGAGGCCUGCGUUUGAUGAGUUUUUAAAGAAAUAUAUUGCUACCUUCAAGUUUAAAUCAAUCGAUACUGAAACAUUCAUUGACUUCCUUAAAGCCAACAUCCCUGGCAUAGAGAACCAGAUUGACUUAGUACUGUGGACUGAAGGUACUGGCAUCCCUUCAGAUGCUUAUGAACCUGACUCCACCGUAUAUAAAACGAUCGUAUCGCUGGCAAAUGAGGCCGUAAAUGGGAGGAUGCCGAGGGAGGAUGAAGUUGCUGGUUGGCAAGGUCAGGAGUGGGAGCUCUACUUGGACAACUUGCCAAAAUCCAUUGAAACGUCUCAGAUCAUAGCCUUGGAUUCGCGCUAUAAGCUAUCCGAAUCAAAAGAUUACGAGGUGAAGGUCUCAUUUCUCCAUAGGGCUAUUUCAUGUGGAUGCAAAGCUUACCAUAACGAAGUGGAGAAAACUUUAAAAGGUGUUGGGAGGAUGAAGUAUCUUCGUCCACUUUAUACUUCGCUUGUGAACAGUAGUGGAAAUGAAGAUGAUAAAGUAUUUGCCAAAAGACUUUAUUCAGAGGCUCGUGAGUGUUACCAUCCAAUAGCUCAAGGUGUUGUUGAGGCCAUAUUUGCCAAGCAUCUGUAGAAGGAAUAUUUCUCAGAAUGUUUAAUGUAUUUGAACGCUCACAAAUUAAUCUGUUUUCUGUUGUCUGAGUGUACUACUUUGCAAUAAAAUAUAUGAUAUGUUUUUUAUUCUG